GCGCCGUGUGUGUGAGACGCCCUGUUUUCCGCUAUUUUGUAGUAAAAGUUUGUUUUUGUGAAUUUCACACCACAGAACAGAUAAAACCAAAGAAAAUUACCCUCAACUUGGAAUCUAGGAACGUCUUCUCAACCCUGAAUUCAGCUCGUGACGUCAUAUCAACAUGGCUUCUCACACCGUCAACAGUCCGCCCCCGAGGUGCAGCGCGCUCCUUAAAGUCUGCGCUCAGUGGAGCGCAACCGGCAGCGCAUCGCGUGAGGACACGAGGGAAGAACCGAGGAGCCACACAGACGGCUGAGAGGAGAAAGAGAAGGAGAGAGAGACCGACACGCACAGAGGGAGAGGGAGGGAUUGGAACUCACUGCUGGACAAAACCCAGGAGCUGAACUUCCAGCAUGUCGCAGUGGAGGUUGAUGGCGGUGUGGUGCUGGUGCUGCUGGUGCGCAGAUCUGAUCGGCGCAAACUUCACGAUGGAGAGCGACUUGGGUUCGGCUUUCGUGCACCGAGCGCUGCGCAGUCAGGAGCGCCGUGAAGUGCAGAGAGAGAUCCUGUCCGUGCUCGGUUUGCCCCGGCGGCCGCGACCGCACUCUCCGGAACGGCGCACAGCGGCGCCCAUCUACAUGCUGGAGUUGUACAACGCGGCCCUGGACGGUUUCUCUCGCGCUGCGCCUCCGGUUCUGGCUCCGACACCGACGCGGCGGGACCGGCGCUACCUGAGCGACGCAGACAUGGUCAUGAGCUUCGUCAAUAUGGUUGAUCCAGACGAAGACCCGCACAUGUUCCACCAGUUCCACAGAUUUGAUCUGUCCCGCAUUCCCGAGGGAGAAGCCGUGACUGCCGCAGAAUUCCGUGUCUACAAGGACUUUGUGCACGAACGUUACGAAAACGAGACCUUUCACGUCAGCGUGUAUCAAGUGCUCCGGGAAUAUGAUGACAGGGAUUCAGAUCUCUUCUUGUUGGACUCGCGGGUGAUUUGGGCUGCAGAAGAGGGCUGGCUGGUUUUUGAUCUCACAGCUACCAGUAACCACUGGAUUUUGCACCCGGGUCAGAACCUGGGCCUGUUGCUUGUUCUGGAGAGCGCAGAUGGUGACCGUGUGAACCCCAAGGUUGCAGGGCUGGUGGGCAACCAAGGACCCCAGAACAAGCAGCCAUUCGUGGUGGCGUUCUUUAGAGCUACAGGCGUCCGUUUGCGCAGCGUCCGCUCAGCUCCCGGACAAAAACAGAGGAACCAGAACCGCCCAAAGACUCCUAAACAUACACCACCUUCCAGCCAGGAGGCCCUGAGGUUGGCAGAGGCUGCAGAGAAUGUCAGUGUGGACCCAAAACAGGGCUGCAAGAAACAUGAGCUGUAUGUCAGCUUCAGAGAAUUGGGAUGGCAGGACUGGAUUAUUGCCCCAGAAGGCUACGCUGCAUACUACUGUGAGGGCGAGUGCGCUUUCCCGUUAAAUUCCUACAUGAACGCCACCAACCACGCCAUUGUGCAGACGCUGGUUCACUUCAUAAAUCCAGACUCGGUCCCAAAGCCGUGCUGUGCCCCCACUCAGCUCCACGGCAUCUCCGUGCUGUAUUUCGACGACAGUUCCAACGUCAUCCUCAAGAAAUAUCGCAACAUGGUGGUCCGAGCGUGCGGCUGCCACUGAAGGGACACGCAUAUACACCGUCAGAGGACAGAAAAGGAGGAGAUCGAAUUGAGGCCAGCUGUGCCUUCAGGAGCCAUACGUUUAAUAGGACUCGUUAUUGGAGGGAAAAUCUGGACCACUGUGCUGUGCCCACGUGUUCAGCCAAGUCAAGUGUGAGCUGCUUUCAUUAUAUGCUGUAAAACUGAGAAAUGUCCACGUGAAAUGUGUUAAAUUAGUAUUAUGCACAAUUUCCUCACUUGAGCCACUGGAGACCUGGUCAAAAGCAAUAUCAGUGUGAUGAUCAGUGGGAAAUUCUUUUCAUAUUUGGCGUACAGGAAUCAAAGUGAUGUAAGUGUCCCAACCCACCCCACCAGCUCCGAAGAUUUACAAGGAUGUGAUUUAUACAUGCAGGUGUGUGUGUGUGUGUGUGUUUGUUUUUUCAACCCCCUUUUGGCAAAACCCCCAUCCCACACACUGCAUUUAUCACACAGCCGAGUGUUCAGCAUGUGUUAACUGCCGGCAACAGGACCAUCACUUACUCCGUCCUCUCCUCUGAAGCGGGUCCAAAGCUGCGGGUGGCGGCCCGGACAGCAGCAUGUGGUUCUCAUCUGAGUUUUCUCUGUAGACCGGAUGAUAAAGCAGCUAAAUAGAACUGUCUGGAUAGGGACAGGUGCAAUUGAUUUUUUUUUUUUUUCCUCUACAGAGAACUGGAAUUCUACAGCUGUUCUUGGUCAUGCGAAUGUUAUUAUACAACAGAGCUUACGGAGACUUGCAAUAAUGAAGGAAUACAACCUUCAAGUCCAGAUGUUUUGGAGAAAUGGGAGAUGGGAGUCUUUUUAGAACUUGUAUUCCCAUUUGUCAAGUUGAUCAUCAAACGCAUAACUACAGUCAGACAAGGAUUGGCUCUUUUUUUUUUUUUUUGCACAAAUAUUCUUGCCUUAGGACAUUUUAAGACAAUUAUUUUAUUCAACUGUUGCUAUUUUAUUUUAUUUUUACAAAAACACCCAAGUGCAAUUUCAUAGUAAGUUGUUCUAUAGAAAAUAUGAGUAUUUGUUUUUUACCCCAUCAUCUUUUCACUGUGUAAGC